UGUCAACAAGAUGGGGCAAUCGCAGUGCAAGAGCAGAGAGCUGAGGAUGAAGAGCAGGAACGGAAAGAGGAGGCGAGGCGACAAAGCGAGAAACAGGAAGCCGAGAACAAGCGCCCUGCAUUUACCUGGCUCCCCAUCUACCAAAUGCAUAUUUUGUCCAUGCAUAUACUGCUUAUCUUUGUUUGCUCACUAACAUGCAUGUUUUGGACUGACUCCGCUUGCCCUCGUCUGACACGAUCAUUUGGCCCCGUCGCUUUGCUCCGCAAUCGUCAGUCCGCCUGCUAUGCUCUUAAAGCGCGUCAACUAGGCCACGUGUUCACUCGACCACAACUAAGCACCAGAGCGGAAGAUUCCAAGGUCUACUGCUUAUGGGCAAGCAAUGAAAUCACAUUUCAUUUUCGUUCAAUUUCUGGACCUGUUUUGGUGGCAGGUGCUUCAUGUGAAAGCCUCUUUUUGCGCUGCUCUAUCUGA